UUCUCUGCAUUCGGUUCAGUCGGAGCUCUCUUGAGUUUCUUCUUCAUCGAAUUAAUUUGUGAUGGCCAUGAUUGCCACGCAGAGAAGCAUCUCAGGGUCUUCGCAGAACCCCAAAUCUCCUUCUGCACCUUUUUUAUUCGUUUCCGUGACAGAUCCUGUGAAAUUGGGAAAUGGCGUACAAGCUUACAUCUCCUACCGAGUCAUCACAAAGACAAAUUUACCUGAAUAUCAAGGCCCAGAGAAAAUUGUCAUUCGGCGUUAUAGUGAUUUUGUAUGGUUGCGUGAUCGGCUAUUUGAGAAGUACAAGGGAAUAUUUAUUCCUCCUAUUCCAGAGAAAAGUGCUGUAGAGAAGUUCCGCUUCAGUGCUGAAUUCAUUGAGAUGAGGCGUCAGGCACUGGAUACUUUUGUAAACCGGAUUGCCUCGCAUCCUGAACUCCAGAAAAGUGAGGAUUUGAGGACCUUUUUGCAAGUAGAAGAAGAGACAAUGGAAGCAGCCAGAUCUCAAGAGACUGGUAUCUUCAAAAAGAAACCGGCAGAUUUGAUGCAAAUUUUCAAGGAUGUGCAGAAUAAAGUAAGUGAUGUUGUCCUUGGAAAAGAAAAACCAGUCGAAGAAUCAAACCCUGAAUAUGAGAAGCUUAAACAUUACAUCUUUGAGCUGGAAGAUCACUUAGCUGAGGCGCAGAAGCAUGCUUUUCGUCUGGUAAAGAGGCACAGAGAGUUGGGGCAGUCAUUGUCAGACUUUGGGAAAGCAAUCAAGCUCUUGGGUGCUUGUGAAGGACAGUCUCUUGGAAAAGCAUUUUCUGAGCUUGGAGCAAAAUCGGAAAUGCUAUCAAGUAAGCUGCAGAGGGAGGCUCACAACCUUCUAAUGAAUUUUGAAGAACCUUUAAAAGAUUAUGUCCGUGCAGUGCAAUCUAUUAAGGGUACGAUUGCUGAGAGAGCAAGUGCUUUCAAGCAACAGUGCGAACUGGCUGAAACAAUUAAGCUGAAGGAGAUAAACCUUGACAGGCUGAUGCUAACAAGGUCAGACAGAGUAGGAGAAGCUGAGCUUGAAUAUAAAGAGUUGAAGGCAGAGAGUGAGGAAGCAACCCGUAGAUUUGAAACAAUAGUGCGGCUAAUGAGUGAAGAGAUUGUGCGCUUCCAAGAGCAGAAAACGUAUGACAUGGGAAUUACUUUCCAUGAAUUUGCGAAGGGACAAGCAAAGCUGGCAAAUGAUAUUGCAGAUGCCUGGCGCAGUCUCCUUCCCAAGCUUGAAGCUUGUUCUUCCUCCCAUGCAUGAAGCUCAUAAUGAGCACCGCAAAUGCUUAAAAUUUCUUUGCUCUGAACGAACCCCUCUUUCUUUGUAAAAGAUUUGCUUCUGAGAGUUCUGUAAUUACACCAUAAGUAAGUGUGGGCUCUUGCCCAUUUUGUAACUUAUACAGAAGACAAGCUCAAUAAACAUGCUUGCUAGUCCGUCUAGU